AUGUCUCAGUGGUUAAUUUACAGGGGUGCGUUGGUGAAUCCAACGCUCUUAAACGCAGCGGUUGUCUCAUAUUAUCGGAAAACGCUAUAUGCAGGCCAAUGUUCUGGUGACGGGAAUCAGAUUACUUUACACGACAUCAUAAUACACCUGAAAACUCUCCGCCAAAAUUUGGUAGAGGGUCCUCAUCUAACGAACUCAGAUGAUGUCUACAAGCUACUUAAUGAAUUCGUUCGCAAUAUUAACAACAACCUAACACAACUCGAUUUUCGGACUUUCUUCAGUGACAUAUGCGAAUUGAUUUGCUUGCUCACCAGCAUUGAAUUUACUCUGAUGAUGGAUUGUCAAAUUGAGAAACCCGUGGAUCUGGAAAGUCGUCACAUAUGCUCAAGACACGAAUUUCUAAAACGACAAACGUUUAUGCUAGCUCGCUGUUUGAUCUCUGGAAAAGUUGAAGUCUUCGUCAAUUCUUUGAAAUCCGUUAUUAAGGAAGCUUGUGCAUCGACAAAGCUUGCUGAAUCGCCGUAUACACUUUCCUUCUCCACCAAAGCAAAUUGCAGUGGAUCAGUGCGAUUCGUGCUUCUCUAUAUGCGCUACUUUGCCUCUGCAGCGUCUGGAAAAUUCUUGACUCCUAACCUUUCAGUAACUAAUGAAUCAGCUGACAGAACGCAAGCCAUUGUAUCCACUGCGUGUACUGCCUGGUUGUCAGCUGUCGGUGCUGCCGUUGGGUUGCCAGCAUCUGGAUUUACCAUGAGCUCCAGCGUCCAGCAUUUGUGUGAACUCGUCAUAGACACACUUUUGCCAACAAUACUUGCAUUUCUGGUGUCCUUCGAUGACAAUCGCACUGUCUCGAAUGCGGAUGUCGUUCUUGCGUUCUUUGACCCAUUAAUUGACCUCUUCUCGGGUUCGGUCAAGAUCCCUGGCACGCAGCGGCAAUUACUGAUGGAGCAGGUUGCCGACUUAAUGGUUGGCGACGCGGAUGCCUUAGACGCAGACGCCGUGUUGAAACAUAUUGAAAAAAUGGCCUUGUCUAUCGCCGGCCUCUUAGUUCUCCGAACACUCUGCGAAAUCAUGUGUACAGUGCUUCAGGACACUAAUUUAACUUCACCAGACGGCGGAGCAUUGAAUUUGAUAGACUAUGUUGAAGGAAUAAUACUUCGGCUAACUGACUGCGGGAAGCAGUUUGACUCAGUUGUUCGCCAGAUUGCCGACCGCAUCACGGAGGUUGCAAUUAACCACUCGAAGUUUGUCUCUCUCAGCCCUCUUCGACCCCUACCUGUUCAUAAGCUACUAGACGCUCUCAACACCGGUGACUUCCAUGUUGUUCCAGCUGUGAAACACCGCAGCCUUGAUCUUCAUGCUUGGACCACUUUUAUGGACAAAUUGUGGAACACCUUUUGUUCCACGUUUCCCGCUGGUCUCGCGCGACAAAUGUAUGCUCGGAUAUCCUCUGAAGGACUUCUUCACAUCGUUCAGCAAGUGGCCAAUGUAAAUCCGGGGAAUGACGAUGAACACAAUGCGGUGAAGUCUUUCACUUGGAGCGCCAUGAAGGUGGCUCAUCGACUGAUAUUCCGUUGCACCGAGACUGAAGCUGAUGUCCUCGGCCACGGGCUGCUUUCAGUCGAUUUGCAAUCCAUUCAUUCUGCCUCCCUCAUGCUUACGCAGUGUCUCCUCUGUUUCGGUGCUCCCACCGAUUUGCUUAGCGCGCUUCACACUAGAAGAUUUUGUGCGGAAAUGGACGACGUUUUGCCCUCAUCGCCCUUUGAGCUAAGUACGUGGCUGAAGGUGAUUGACCACCGUCUGUUUAACCAUCCUUCCAGUGAAACUCAACAAGUACUCGUCAUGCUCCGGCAUUUCGGCAGCAGCCCAUACUUCGACCCAGUUACUGCACUGACUUUAGCUUUCACUGACGGCGGUGAACUUCUUAAACCAAUUCUGCACUCUGAAUGGGCAAAUGCAAAACAGUCAGAGGAAGAAUUCAAAUCCAUUUUUGAAGUUUACAAGGCAUUCUUCAAGUUGUUUGCUACUGAACACGUUGCGAACGGUUGCUACAGCACCAUCCUAGGUCCCCUGUUUGGAAGAUUAAAGCAUCUUCAAAUCUUUGAUCUUGAAUCAACUGAGUCAUAUCCAGUUUGGCUUGAAGCACUAAUCGAGUUUGUAGAAGACUCAAUGCAACUGAUAUCCAAGAAGAUACAUGAUUUGGCUUUGGACCGCGUAAUGCUAGCAGAAAUUAAGGCGGGCAUUGCCAAGGCUGACACAACUGAUGCCGUGUGCUUGAGCGAGCGCUGCCAGGAAGGCAUUUGUCCACCCUCAGAGUCUACCGACGACCUGUGUGGGUGCGCGUUUUCGCCCGGCUCUUCGAUUCACUUUGUUAAAAUAGCAAAUGAGGUCUUCUCUUUAGCCAUGGAAAACUUACCCCCGGAUCUUCUGGCGUUUUUCGGUCAGCAAGAUGCUAUUUUUAGGACUGCAGAUGGAACGUACACACCGUGUGGAGGAACCACUGCCCUGCAAAUAAUUUUGGUUUCGAUUAAACGGCGAAUAACUUCAAUGGCUAUCGAUGACAGUAUUGAGCAUGAAUGUUGCAAAAUCCUAUCCACCAUUGUUUACAUUCUGAAUACCGAGGUUAAAGAAGAUGUAAUUUCCUCUCGUGAAAACUUUAGGCGAUACCUCACGCAGGCCUCGGACCUUGACAGGUGCCCUGACGACAAAAAGCCACCAGCAGAACGUCGUCUCCGGAUAACUCAGCAAUUGCGACACAUUCAAUCCGCCGCAUUCGGUGCCCUACAAAAAGUUCACGAAAUAAUGAAACUCAACGUCGAGUUACUACUAACAACUUACAUGCGUGCUCACAAUAUUGAUGCUUACGACCAAAGCCAAAUGUCCGCCUCACCUAAGCUGAGGGGUGAUCCAAUGCCAUUUUUCGAGAACAGGUGUUCCAAAAUCGAGCUCAACUCGUUUGGGCGGCAAAUGAACCUGACCUGGCGCAGCUUGCCUCGUCCAACUCCAGUUAUAGCCGGAUCAGUGAUCGCUGUGCUCCGCACGCAGUUCCUCACUUUCGGCGCCUUUGACAGCCAAAUGGAGGUUUGGGGUGGUGAAAAUCUUGAGCUCAGCUUCCGUGCCUGGAUGUGCAAUGGUCGAGUGGAGAUAAUACCCUGCAGUCGGGUUUCGCACCUCUUUCGAGACUCACAUGCCUACUCUUUCCCAGAGGACAAAGUGACAACAAUUACAAGAAAUCUGAAGCGGGUUUCCACCGUCUGGAUGGAGCCUUCAAAGGGUCUGAAAGUCAAUUCAGCCAAAUUCGUUGUUCCCCCAAUAGCCCUAUUCUACUCUUCGCACCAGGAGUGCCUAAAGGUAUCGGCAGGUGACAUCUCCCGACGCAAGCGACUAAAGCAUAAACUUGGAUGCAAGGAUUUUGCCUGACUGCACAGCCCCACCAGCGCUCCUGCCGCUGCCCAAUCACGUUGCUGUCGUGUUGUUGUGCUCACGAGUCACUGGCCUCGCGACUUCACCUUCUCGUGCUGA